UCUGUUGGAUUCAAAAGCAAUUCAAGGAGAGCUGGGCUGGAUCUCUUACCCAUCACAUGGGUGGGAAGAAAUAAGUGGUGUCGAUGAGAACUAUACUCCAAUCCGAACAUACCAGGUUUGCAAUGUAAUGGACCAUAGUCAGAACAACUGGCUGAGGACAAACUGGAUACCACGUAACUCAGCUCAGAAGAUCUAUGUGGAGCUCAAGUUUACCCUGCGGGACUGUAAUAGCAUCCCACUAGUCCUGGGCACUUGCAAGGAGACUUUUAACUUGUAUUAUAUGGAAUCUGAUGACGAUCAUUCUGUCAAGUUUAGAGAACACCUGCUUACAAAGAUUGAUACCAUUGCUGCCGAUGAGAGCUUCACUCAGAUGGAUCUUGGGGAUCGAAUACUUAAACUCAACACAGAGGUUCGUGAAGUGGGACCUGUCAGCAGGAAAGGAUUUUACUUGGCUUUUCAAGAUGUGGGUGCUUGCGUUGCCUUAGUAUCUGUGCGAGUGUACUUUAAAAAGUGCCCUUUCACUGUAAAGAACCUGGCCAUGUUUCCAGACACGGUACCUAUGGAUUCUCAGUCAUUGGUGGAAGUGCGAGGCUCUUGUGUUAAUCAUUCCAAAGAGGAAGACCCACCCAAGAUGUACUGCAGUACAGAAGGAGAAUGGCUAGUUCCGAUAGGGAAGUGCUUGUGUAAUGCCGGCUACGAAGAAAGGGGCUAUGCCUGCCAAGCUUGCCGACCAGGUUUUUACAAAGCCUUUGCUGGAAAUAUUAAGUGUGCCAAAUGCCCACCCCAUAGUUCUACGAACAUGGAGGGAUCUAUGAACUGCAAGUGUGAAAAGAAUUACUUCCGAUCGGAUAGAGACCCUCCAUCUAUGGCUUGCACAAGACCACCUUCUGCUCCCAGAAAUGUUAUCUCUAAUAUCAAUGAAACAUCAGUCAUCCUAGAUUGGAGCUGGCCUUUGGACACUGGGGGCAGGAAAGAUGUCACUUUCAACAUCGUAUGCAAGAAAUGUGGAGGAACUACAAAGCUGUGUGAACCAUGUAGUGCUAAUGUAAGAUUCCUUCCACGUCAGAUUGGACUCACCAACACCACUGUGACUGUAGUGGACCUCCUGGCUCACACAAAUUACACGUUUGAAAUAGAUGCAGCUAAUGGAGUGUCUGACUUGAGUACCUUCACAAGACAAUUUGCUGCAGUUAGCAUUACAACUAAUCAAGCUGCUCCAUCCCCUAUUACAAUAAUUAAAAAAGACCGGACAUCUCGGAACAGCGUGUCUCUCUCUUGGCAAGAACCUGAACAUCCUAAUGGGAUCAUCUUGGACUAUGAAGUCAAGUACUACGAAAAGCAGGAACAAGAGACAAGUUACACCAUUCUGCGAGCAAAAAGCACCAACGUUACCAUCAGUGGCCUCAAGCCAGACACUACUUAUGUUUUCCAAAUCAGAGCCCGAACUGCUGCAGGAUAUGGGACCAACAGCCGCAAGUUUGAGUUCGAAACCAGCCCAGACUCUUUCUCCAUCUCCAGUGAGAAUAGCCAGGUUGUAAUGAUUGCUGUUUCAGCUGCAGUAGCAAUUAUUCUGCUCACAAUUGUGGUUUACAUCCUGAUUGGGAGAUUCUGUGGACAUAGUAAAUCAAAACAUGGAGCUGAUGAGAAGAGGCUGUAUUUUGGUAACGGGCAUUUAAAGCUCCCAGGCCUUAGAACGUAUGUCGAUCCACAUACAUAUGAAGAUCCCAAUCAGGCUGUCCAUGAAUUUGCCAAGGAGCUAGAUUCUUCCAGCAUAGCAAUUGACAAAGUUGUUGGGGCAGGUGAGUUUGGAGAAGUCUGCAGCGGUCGCCUAAAACUGCCUUCUAAAAAGGAAAUUUCAGUGGCCAUCAAAACACUGAAGGUUGGUUACACGGAGAAGCAGAGAAGAGAUUUUCUAGGAGAGGCAAGCAUCAUGGGACAGUUUGAUCACCCCAACAUCAUUCGAUUAGAAGGAGUUGUCACUAAAAGCAAACCUGUCAUGAUUGUUACUGAAUAUAUGGAAAAUGGCUCUUUGGAUAGCUUCCUGAGAAAACAUGAUGCUCAGUUCACAGUCAUCCAGCUAGUGGGAAUGCUUCGAGGAAUUGCAUCUGGCAUGAAGUACUUGUCAGAUAUGGGUUAUGUCCAUCGUGACCUGGCUGCCCGAAACAUUCUCAUCAAUAGUAACCUGGUAUGCAAGGUCUCUGAUUUUGGCCUCUCCCGUGUUCUAGAGGAUGAUCCAGAAGCUGCCUACACAACAAGGAAGAAGUCCUUCAUGCCCCAUGACUGGAAGACUCCUUCUGGAGGCAAGAUUCCAAUACGAUGGACAUCUCCAGAAGCCAUUGCUUACCGUAAAUUCACAUCAGCCAGUGAUGCAUGGAGCUACGGGAUUGUUCUUUGGGAGGUGAUGUCCUAUGGAGAGAGACCAUAUUGGGAGAUGUCCAAUCAGGAUGUAAUUAAAGCUGUGGAGGAAGGAUACCGCUUGCCACCACCCAUGGACUGCCCAGCUGCCUUGUAUCAGUUGAUGCUGGACUGUUGGCAAAAGGACAGAAACAACAGACCGAAGUUUGAGCAGAUUGUCAGCAUCUUGGACAAGCUGAUCCGUAAUCCCAGCAGUCUAAAAAUAAUCACCAGUGCGGCUGCAAGGCCAUCAAAUCUCCUUCUGGACCAAAGCAGCAUUGAAAUCUCAGCUUUCCGCUCAACAGGUGACUGGCUCAAUGGCAUUCGGAUAGGACAAUGCAAGGACAUAUUCACAGGAGUCGAAUACAGCUCUUGCGAUACGAUAGCCAAGUUUUCCUCAGACGACAUGAAGAAGGUUGGCGUGACGAUUAUCGGGCCACAGAAGAAGCUUAUUAGCAGCAUUAAAUCUCUAGAAAUGCAUACAAAGAAUAGCCCAGUGCCUGUGUAAACUACCAAAAUGUUGACACUCAGGACACAACAAGAGGAAGCAAGAAGAAGCGAAGGAAAAAGUCAUGGUGAUGAGCGAGGAACUGCGAGAUUUAAAAGGCACUCUUGUAACAAUGUGGGAAACAUGACAUUUGGGUAGAAUUUCAAGCCCACUAAGAGACUCAUAUGUUGAGUUAAAUUGCCUUAAAAUAGGAAUGAAAAACUUUUUUUUUCUAUCCCUUAUUCUUGAAGGAGGGGUGCUUUUUUCUCCCUUGUAAUAAUGGACUGCUCAAACAUAUAAUGCGUUUGAAAGAAAAUGUUUAAAAUGUUUUUAAAAUCCUUCCAUGUAACUUAGAGCCAUUCAGAUGCUAAUGGACUGGAUACCAUGAAAGGCAAACAAAUCAACUGUGGAUGUAAUGCUGUGUUUUGACCAAAUGUCAACAGCAACAAGGAAAAGAAAAACCCUUGC